GCUCGUGACUCGUGAAUGUCGCCCUUCCGCAAUCAGUCGUGUUAUGUGCAGCGCAGUCGAUGGAUCGUUCAAUAAUUGUUUACCGAUACUCGAGUAAUGUUAUCUUAAAUUAAAAUUUCAUGACCAUCGAUUAGAUUAGUGGUUUUUCUAAAACGGUCCUCCCGGAUCCGCGCAAAACUGAUAGUGCAUUUAUGCUACGCGGUGUUACGCUAACGUGACCUGUUGCUCCCCUCACAUUUGUUUAAAGUUUUUUUUUCUUUAUUUGUUAAUGAUUGUUUUGUUUGAAUAAUUGAAAGUGUCACGUUUCAUCGGCUUAACUUAGUUCGAAGCUCAACUGUUAACAAGAAUUAUUCUAAUAUAAGCAACAUGAGCAAAGUGCUGAACGAAGUAUGUGAUAUGCUAGAUACGUACACGGGUCGAGACAAGAUCGUCCGUACACUAUGCUACACCACCAAGUUGGCCUCGGGCUUGUACGCCAACCGGGACCCGGACUUUGCCAAGAAGCUGGCCAUCUUCAGCUCCAAAAUGUCGCAAACCCGCGCGACCUUGAGGCUGUUCGACGAUUUGCCCAUGCUGAACUACUCGCUAAGCUACGGUAUCGGUAGUAAGGAGCCCGACCGGAUCAUGGGAAUGAUCGGUUUCGUGACCAACAUCAUCGACCAUGUGUACUAUCCGGUGGACAAAAUCUGUUGGAUGAUCGAGUACAACCUGCUCAAAGUGGAAAAUCCCAGCAAGUGGGACACGAUAAAUUCAGUAUUCUGGGUCGCCUCCAUCUACCUGAACUUGAUGAAAACGAUCCGCAGCUUCACGGUGAUGGAACAGCACAAAUCACACAUCGACAAAUCGACCAACGAGUCCAGCUUCGCCUUCCAGAUGUUGUUGAUCAAGCAGCGGAUGGAGCUGAUAUCGAUCAUCCGGCUGUCGCUGGAUCUGGUCCAUGCCGGAAGUACCCUGCCCAAAGGCAUGCUCUGGGGCGGACGGCUUGAAUCGUGGCACGUGGGACUGAUUGGGUCGGUAUCGUCAUGCAUUGGGCUGUAUCAGUACUUUGCCAAAAAACGUAUUGUGAACAAAAGUGGGUAGGGCUCGAGGGUGUAGGAAAACGAUAUUAUCAACUGUGUAUAGGGCCUAGCCGUAGUUUUUAAUAAGAAUUUAUAGAACAGAUUUAUAAUUAAAAACUUAUUGAUUUCGAACGCUACCUGCCAAUGUAAAUAACGCCUAUUUACAGCACUUGGUGAAACCUAAAUUUUUUUAUUCAAUCUUUUUAGAUACUUGCGUACUCGUUAAAUGUUAAGUAAAUAAAAAUGA